AUGUUGUUACUUAAAAAACAAAUCGGUACCAAACACAAAACAAAAGACAACUUUAGAAAAAGGGAGACACUGACACAGAAGACGACAACAGGAACCAGAGAGAGGCAAAAUCGAAAAAAAGACGACAACAGGAACCAGAUAGACGCAAAAACGAACGAAAGACGACAACAGGAACCAGAGAGACGCAAAAACGAACGAAAGACAACAACAGGAACCAGAGAGACGCAAAAACGAACGAAAGACGACACCAGGAACCAGAGAGAGGCAAAAACGAACGAAAGACGACAACAGGAAUCAGAGAGACGCAAAAACGAACGAAAGACAACAACAGGAACCAGAGAGACGCAAAAACGAACGAAAGACGACAACAGGAACCAGAGAGACGCAAAAACGAACGAAAGACGACAACAGGAACCAGAGAGACGCAAAAACGAACGAAAGACGACAACAGGAACCAGAGAGACGCAAAAACGAACGAAAGACGACAACAGGAACCAGAGAGACGCAAAAACGAACGAAAGACGACAACAGGAACCAGAGAGACGCAAAAACGAACGAAAGACGACAACAGGAACCAGAGAGACGCAAAAACGAACGAAAGACGACAACAGGAACCAGAGAGACGCAAAAACGAACGAAAGACGACAACAGGAACCAGAGAGACGCAAAAACGAACGAAAGACGACAACAGGAACCAGAGAGACGCAAAAACGAACGAAAGACGACAACAGGAACCAGAGAGACGCAAAAACGAACGAAAGACGACAACAGGAACCAGAGAGACGCAAAAACGAACGAAAGACGACAACAGGAACCAGAGAGACGCAAAAACGAACGAAAGACGACAACAGGAACCAGAGAGACGCAAAAACGAACGAAAGACGACAACAGGAACCAGAGAGACGCAAAAACGAACGAAAGACGACAACAGGAACCAGAGAGACGCAAAAACGAACGAAAGACGACAACAGGAACCAAAGAGGCGCAAAAACGAACGAAAGACAACAACAGGAACCAGAGAAAUAG